AUGGGAGGUUGGAAUUCCACGAAGUGGCAGAUCAGGGUGCGAACGGCGAUGACAUCAAGAAACCUCCUGGUGUGGACAUUGACAUACUAUUCGCAAGAGGAGAUCAUGGAGACAAAGAGGCGUUCGAUAGUAUCGGCGGUAUGGUGGCACAUUCGGAAUAUCCUCCAAAAGGCGUUCUCCAUCUUGAUGCCGAUGAGAGAUGGUCGUUCGAUGGAUCCGACGGAGUGGAUUUGCGCUACGUGA